CACGGAUCAUGACAAUCCACACAAUUACCACACAUCUUUUUCGAAGUAAUAAAAGUGAACCGACGCUUGGUUUGAGGAAAACUAUGUAGUUUAUGUCUCUUAUUUUGAAGCAGCGACUUUUAUUUUGAAGCGUGUCGAGGCCAGUUCGCACAGAGCGAGGAGAGGAGAAACACCUCCGCAGUCACAAGCUCGGUAACGCGGCCCCCACAGCACCAUCGGCGGCCGGCAUGACGCGGAGCAAGUCGGGGCCCUUCUGUUGAGGACUUGGACUGACGGGGGCGGCGGAAAAAGUACCUUGUAUUUAUUUGGACGACUUUACCGGAAGUAUAUAUUGGCGGCCUCUUCUGUUUUGUGUGUCCGGAGCGGAGGCGCUCGGAGCGGGCAAGGCGAGUGAGGUCCUCGGCGGCGGCGGCGGCGGCGGUGGUGGUGGUGGUGGUACCGCUGCUAAACAUGAACAAGAACCACCGUGUGCCGAGUAAUCGUUCUCUGAGUGCCGUGGAGGUCAAAAGCAAGUUCGGGGCGGAGUUUCGUCGCUUCUCUCUGGACCGCUCCAAGCCGGGCCGCUUUGAUGAGUUCUACGGCCUGCUGCAGCACGUGCACCGCAUUCCCAACGUGGACCUGCUGGUGGGCUACGCCGACGUGCACGGCGACCUGCUUCCCAUCAACAAUGACGACAACUACCACAAGGCCAUCUCCACCGCCAGCCCGCUCCUCAGACUCUUCCUGCAGAGGAAAGAGGAAGCAGAUUUCUUCGGGAGCGACUCGCUGACCAGGAAGAAAAACACGGGGCUUUCGGCGGUUCUCCUCCGGCCCGACGCCAACAGGAAGAAGCCGCCGGUGAUCAUCAGCCUUCCGAAGGACUUCCGCCCCGUGUCCUCCAUCAUCGACGUGGACAUCCUGCCCGAGACACACCGCCGGGUGCGCCUGUACAAGCACGGCCAGGAGAAGCCUCUGGGUUUCUACAUCCGCGACGGGUCCAGCGUGCGGGUCACACCGCAGGGCUUGGAGAAGGUCCCCGGCAUUUUCAUCUCCCGGAUGGUGCCCGGCGGCCUGGCGGAGAGCACGGGGUUGCUGGCCGUCAACGACGAGGUCCUGGAGGUGAACGGCAUCGAGGUGGCCGGGAAGUCUCUGGACCAAGUGACGGACAUGAUGAUCGCCAACAGCCACAACCUCAUCAUCACCGUCAAGCCAGCCAACCAGCGGAACAACAUCGUCCGGGGGAGCGGCGGCGGCGGGGCGGCGUCCGGUAGCUCGGGACGCUCUUCAGACAGCGGGGCCAGCUACUACGGCUACUCCUCAUCCGCCGGCCUCGCCGCCGCCUCCUUGGCGCCCUCGCACAUUAUCCAGAACUUCCCUGUCGGCGAGAUGGACAGCGACGAGGACGACGAGGACCUGGUGAUCGAGGCGGAGCCCGACUUCGGCAUCCCGCCGCCUCCCCGCUACGAGCCGCACCUCAACCUGCGUGCGGCCGCCUCGCCGCCCCCGCUUUCGGUCAACGGCGGCGUGACCAGCAGCGCCAGCAGCGGCUCGCUGAGCAGGGCCAAGUCCUCCACGCCGUCGCCCGACAUAGCCGUGAGUAGGCGGAGUCUAGAGGAGGACGGCACCGUCAUAACACUGUAGAUCCGCACGCUAAGCCGACAGCCAAUGACGGUGAAGCACACUGAAAUGUAAAUACUUCUACGUCCUAACAUUUACACCUAAAACACCUCCAUGCCCACGCGUGUGUGUGUGUGGAUGCCACGCUGGCGCCACAAAUACUGCGGGCACAAUACACACACUCACACACACACACACACACACACACACACACACACACACACACACACAUACUGGUUAUUAUUUGGAAUGGGGACCAAGUUUUUGAUCACGUCUUUAAAUCUCUGGAUUGAUGAAGUAAUGUGCUGAUCAUUCUUACUGGGGACCCUGGGGGAAAAGACUUAAUAUGGUUCAUGGGAACCAAAUUUAAAUAAUUUUGCAUAAUUCACACAAAUUUGUACGUGACUACUAAGGACCAUUUAUUAAAAAAUAAUAAUAAUACUAAAUGAAAAAGUUCAAAUUAAAUAUGACAUGAUCCUCAGAAGACAGCACGACAGCGAGUGCAGUACCAGCUACAGCCUGAUGAGGGGGCUGCUGUGCAAAUGUCUCACACUCAAACUAACCAGUAAACAUGUUUUAUGGGCCAAAGCCCACUUAGGCAUCUUCAGAAUGGAUCUGACUAUCAUUUAAAAAGGUUUCCCUUCGGGGGACCUGUUUUUUUUGUCCCCAUACCGUCAGAGGUCCCCUAAAGGUGACUGUGUAAACCAUACUUGCCAACCCUCCCGAAUUUUCCGGGAGACUCCCGAAAUUCAGCGCCUCUCCCGAAAACCUCCCGGGACAAAUAUUCUCCCGAAAAUCUCCCGAUUUUCAGCCGGAGCUGGAAGCCACGCCCCCUCCAGCUCCAUGCGGACCUGAGUGAGGACAGCCUUUUUUCAUGACGGGAGGACAACAGGGUGACAAGAACUAAAUCAUCCAGACUAGAGAUAAAUUGUAUUAUUAUGUUCAUUUUACCUAAAAAUAAAUAUAUUUAUUAAUUAAAAAAAACUAAAACUAAAUUAAAAAUUUUUAUAUUUUGCUAAAAACAUCAAAAUUAAUUGUAUUUUUUAUUUGUAUUUUUUCCUGACUCCUUAUUACAUCCAGCCAUAGAAUUAUACAUUAAAAUAAACAUUUGAAAUAAUUGAUUUUAAAUUAUCAUAAUAAUUCAUCUAAAAUGACCAUAUUUAAUUAUUUAAAUAAUUGCUUGUUUAUCAACAACUUUAGCAUUUUAUUCAUUACAUUUUGAAACUCUCAGAAGCCAAGUUAUGUUAUAUUCCUUAAUAUUUAUUUAUGCAAGUUUGAAGUAUCAAUUAUCUAAACACAGUUUUGUUUGCAUAUUUUCAGGAUGUAGAUAUAUAUAUAUAUAUAUAUAUAUGUAUGAAAUACUUGACUUGGUGAAUUCUAGCUGUCAAUAUACUCCUCCCCUCUUAACCACGCCCCCAACCACGCCCCGCCCCACCCCCGACCACGCCCCCACCUCCCGAAAUCAGAGGUCUCAAGGUUGGCAAGUAUGGUGUAAACAGAGCGAUGUCCCCAUUAAGUAAGCAUUGCCAGAACACACACACACACACACACACACACACACACACACACACUUACUUCUGUAUUUACCCGAGCUUCCUCCAGGGGGCAGAGGUGAGCGCCUUGAAGUCCAACACACAAAACGACUUUUUAGCACGACAAUCGUCCACAAGACGUUGAGCAAGCACUACAACCUGCAAUAAUAACAAUAUUAUUAUAAUGUUUUUUUUGUUUCAAGAGCAAACUUCUUGUCCUCUCAGAUGCUUUAAAAAAAGAUAUAUAUAUAUGAACUAUUGACUGAUCAAUCAUAUUUUUGAUACGCAUACCGAAGGUCCAUGUCGUAUUGGGUUCGAACAGCUCGUCUGUUCCAGGGUCAAACUGUGGCCGUCGCCACAGGCAAUAUUUGAACAUUUUUUCCACUGUCAUUCAAGUGUAAAAAGAAGCUAACUUGACGUAUCUUUUGACAACCUCGCAUAAAGACGAACAUUCCCUUUUUAUCGUGUUGAUUUCUAACUGGACGGCGAUGCUUGGCCCCCGACGACCGACUCGUGUGGCGAAUUAGCAUAAAAGACCAAGCGGACUGCGGAAUAUUUGUACUACACACAAAAGACGACUUUUUUUGGGACACGAUGUUUUUUAAACCCUAAAUAUGACAAAAAAACAAUGUUCUUUUUGCGCCACCUGUAUUAAUCGUUAGACUCAAAUAUAAGACGACAAGUCUCAUUUUUAGCUUUUACCCGGGGAGAAAUACAUGUCUUAUAUUGAGGUCAAUUUAUGGUGGACUUUAGCAAAUUGUACUGAGCAGCCAGGACGGACACUCUUGCAUCGCUGCAUUUCUUAGGUCUAUGGUUAUCGUCACACUUUUCCUCAUUGCCUUGACUGCUACCCUUCUGUGUUGUUGUUUUGUUGCUACUCUACCACUAUGUUGAGUAAGUUCUAUGGUUAUCACACUUUUUUCUGUUUGCCAUUACUGGUACCUUCAAUGUUUUGUUACUACUGUAUAUGGUUAGUAAGUUCUAUGGUUAUCGUCACACUUUUCCUCUUUGCCUUGACUGCUACCCUUCUGUGUUGUUUUGUUGCUACUCUACGACAUGUUUAGUAAGUUCUAUGGUUAUCAUCACUUUUCCUCUUUGCCAUGACUGCUACCCUUCAAUGUAUUUUUACUACCCUAUGUCUAUGGUUAUCGUCACACUUUUCCAUGAUUGGUACCCUUCAAUGUUUUGUUACUACCCUAUGUCUAUGGUUAUCGUCACACUUUUCCUCUUUGCCUUGACUGCUACCCUUCUGUGUUGUUUUGUUGCUACUCUACGACAUGUUUAGUAAGUUCUAUGGUUAUCAUCACUUUUCCUCUUUGCCAUGACUGCUACCCUUCAAUGUAUUUUUACUACCCUAUGUCUAUGGUUAUCGUCACACUUUUCCAUGAUUGGUACCCUUCAAUGUUUUGUUACUACCCUAUGUCUAUGGUUAUCGUCACACUUUUCCUCUUUGCCUUGACUGCUACCCUUCUGUGUUGUUUUGUUGCUACUCUACGACAUGUUUAGUAAGUUCUAUGGUUAUCAUCACUUUUCCUCUUUGCCAUGCCUGGUACCCUUCAAUGUAUUUUUACUACCCUAUGUCUAUGGUUAUCGUCACACUUUUCCAUGAUUGGUACCCUUCAAUGUUUUGUCACUACCCUAUGUCUCUGGUUAUCGUCACACUUUUUCUCUUUGCCAUGACUGCUACCCUUCUGUGUUGAUGUUUUGUUGCUACUCUACCACUAUGUUUAGUAAGUUCUAUGGUUAUCGUCACACUUUUCCUCUUUGCCAUGACAGGUACCUUCAUUGUUUUUUUUUACUCCCCUAUGUCUAUGGUUAUCGUCACUUUUCCUCUUUGCCAUGACUGGUACCCUUCAAUGUUUUGUUACUACCCUAUGUCUAUGGUUAUCGUCACACUUUUCCUCUUUGCCAUGACCGGUGUCCUUUUGUGUUGAUGUUUUGUUGCUACUCUACCACUAUGUUUAGUAAAUUCUAUGGUUAUCGUCACACUUUUCCUCUUUGCCUUGACUGCUACCCUUCAAUGUUUUGUUACUACCCUAUGUCUAUGGUUAUCGUCACCCUUUUCCUCUUUGCCAUGACUGCUACCCUUCAAUGUUUUGUUACUACCCUAUUUCUAUGGUUAUCGUCACACUUUUCCACUUUGCCAUGACUGGUACACUUCUGUGUUGACAUUUUGUCGCUACUCUACCACUAUGUUUAAUAAGUUCUUAGGUUAUAAUCACACUUAGCCAUGACUGGAUGUUUUGUUGCUACACUACCACUAUGUUUAAUAAGUUCUAUGGUUUUCUCUUUGCCGUGGCUGGUACCAUUAUGUGUUGACAUUUUGUUGCUACUCUACCACUAUGUUUAGUAAGUUUGAUGGUUAUAAUCACGCGUUUUCCUCUUUGCCAUUACUGCACGGUACCCUUCUUUGUUGCUAUCACAAAAAAAAAAAAAAGCCAAAGAAAAAGUGGCCCUUGCAGGCAUGUUUGUGGUCCUGUCUCCAAACUGUAGGAUGUUCAGGUUGUAUUUUGGCAUAUUUCCUUCCUGUCCCUGCUCCAUAUUUCCACAGAUGUGACUUUUACGGUCCGUCCCCGCAUAUUUCCUUGAGCUCGACAGAAAGUGUUUUUUCUAGAAGGGUCCAUAAAUUGGAAAGUGUCUGUUUACUUCCACGGUGGAUAUUUGGCACAUUGAUAGCAACACUGUAACAUGAAGAACACGAAGGAGUUUAUCUUCUUAUGUUAAAAUGUCUCUUUUUAAAUGUUUCACCCCAAACAAUCCACCCUUGUGUCCAUUUAGUUUUUUAAAUAUUUUUUUCUUACACAUGAAUGACAUUCAGUGUGUGAUUUGAUGAAAGCAAUAUUUGUAAUGAUUUAUUUGUUUGGAAGAUUUUAUUUUGUCUUAUUCCUUUGUAUAUGCUGGAAAUUAUGAUUAGAAUCUGUUGAUGAGACUGUGAUUAUCUAAGACUGGAAACACACACAUCUCUACUGUACAUGUUUGAAAUCCUAAUGUGGUACAUGGGAUACUAAUGUGGCAUUCCUACUGUAACUCAUGUUAAAUGAUUUCUUUACCUGCAACACUCGUAUUUAUCAUCUAAUCAUGCCCUCUGUCUACGUAUUUUAUGACUUGAUUUUUCAUAAUCAAUGUUUGUUUGUGGAUGAUCUCAGUAGCAGACUUUUUGGCUUAAACAGGGGGAGUUUUUAAAGUUUUUUUUUUUUUUUUUUUUUUUUUUCCAUACUGUGAAUUCUUAUUUGAAAGCAGAACAUUUUCAUCUUUCCUUUUAUGUUUUUUUAAAAGAAAUUAUUGAACUACGGCGUCAUGCUUGCCAGAUAAAUACUGUUAUAUAUUUAGAUUUGUAUUGAAGAUUUGUCAGUAUUUUCAUAUUGGACGCUUUAAAUGAUGUACAUUUUUAUGACAUAGUGAAUAUGUUUCUUACUGGAGCUGUAUGAAUAAAUAGAUGUACACCUAUACUUGUUGAUCGGAGGAGAUGGAUGGAAUAAUAUUAAAUAAUAAUAAAUUAUAUGCAGCUG